AUGUCAGACUCAACAUCAUCAGUCGCCGCAGGAGCAUCUGCCAGGCUCACUGGUGCAGCCAGAGGACUUAGUGAAGGCGGCCUCAAGGCGGUGGCGUGGGCAGGUGUAGCAACAGCGGCAUCAUUCCUCAGUUUACGACUCUUCUCCCGUUUUCGUGAGGCUCGACGCCUCUUCGCUGACGACUACUGGAUGGUGGCCAGCUUUAUCGUGCUUACAGUGAAUGCUGUCCUUCAAACUCUUCAGACUGAGUCCCUUUAUUACAUUCUUUAUGUAUCAGUGGGCCGCAUUGCUGCUGGCGAGGAGUUGAUCACUCAAGGGAAUAUCUAUGUCCGGUACGAAUUUGCCAUCAUUGGCCUGAUGUGGACGGUCCUCUGGUGCGUCAAGGCCAGCUUUCUGGCUCUGUUCUGGAGGUUGUUCGAGGGGUUGCCCCCCUACAAGCGCCUCUGGUGGGUGGUCGCCGUCUUCAGCGCCCUCGCUUAUGCCGGUUGUUGGAUAGCAUCAGCUUGGACAUGUCACCCUCCUAGCACAUAUUUUCAAUUCGGCCAGUGCUCCAAACCCAUUGACCAAGCAGGCAGCACAAUCAGCAUUUCCUACUCCACAGCCGUCGAUAUCCUCUCCGACCUAAUGAUCAUGUCCCUACCACUCCGCCUCCUCCGCGAACUUCAAGUCUCGCGACCACAAAAAAUUGGCCUGGGUGUCGUCUUCUGUCUGGGUUUAGCCAUUAUCGCGGUAGCCAUCAUCCGCCUAACACAGAUCGUGGGACAGGCUCGUGCCGAUCCCGUUGGCCUCGCUGUCUGGGGUCUCGUCGAAAGCUCAGUAUCUGUCAUCAUCGGAUCCCUCCCACCACUCAAGAGCUUCCUGGGCAAACAAAUCCAGAAAUUCACUGGCGCCAUCUACGCAUACGGCGGGAACAGCGGAGGCCAACACUCAGGCAAGAUCCAAGGCGGACACAGCGCCGCAGGAACACGAAGCCCAUUCGCCUCCGCGAUCUCCAAGUCCGGCGCAGGCAUAAAGUCCGAAUCAAUCCCUCUCGAAGACGGGCCUGGCUACGGCCGUAACAGCGUCACCGCCCUAAAGGGCGGCCAGAUCGUGGUGCAAAAGGACUUCGGAUGGUCUCGAGGUGGCGGCGACGGGUCAGGCAGCGUUGUCACGACCGAUGAUGUUGAAACACAAGCACAUUCAGACGAGCAUUCGUACGGCGAGGAGGUGCGUAUGGUCAAUUUCAAGGAGCAGGAAGCUCGGAUUGGCAUUGCAACGAGUAUCGGACGAAGAGUUAGUCAUAAUCAUCACCAUAACCAUCUCGGCCAUCAGCAUCGAAGCUCAGAAGGUCCAGAGUUCGAUAAGGAAGGUCGGAUCAAGACGAGUUGGUUGCACUGA